AUGUCCUCCUCUGUCACUGAGUACUUGUCAGCAUAUCUUUUCUACCUCAUGGCAGCAGGCAGCAACACUCAGGUCCACCAGCAGUUCUUACCAUCUGACUCUGAGAGGGACAGCCCUUCUUUCAUACAGCAGCCCUCACAGACGUUGAUUGAUGAACCUGUUUCUGCUCCAAAGUUGUACCAACACAUUCUGGCCUUGUCAUUUGCUGUAGAAGAGAUAAAUGAGAAUCACAAAAUCUUACCAAACAUCACUCUGGGGUUCCACAUUCUCGAUGGCUACUACAAUGCAAGGAUCACCUAUAAGGCCACAAUGAGUCUACUAUGCACACACCAGAGAUUUGUUCCCAACUUCAUCUGUGAUGCACAAAAAAAAAUUACUGCUAUCAUUGGAGGACUUGUAACUGAAGCCUCUUCCGUUAUGGCCAACAUCAUUGCUAUCUUCAAGAUUCCACAGCUCAGUUAUGGGUCAUUUUCCCCAGCACAUGGUGACAAAACACUAUUCCCAUUUCUGUACAAGAUGGUGCCAAAUGAACCACAUCAGUACAUGGGCGUAGUCCGGUUACUUCACCAUUUUGGAUGGACAUGGGUUGGGCUCAUGGCUGUGGAUGAUGAUUAUGGGGAAAAGUUUUUGCAGACAGUGCUACCACUGUUUUCCAAGAACAGUAUCUGCUAUGCAUACAUAGUUCGAUUACCAAAACUGACUUUUGUGGAUGAUUAUACAGAGUUGCUUUUAAACCUGCUAGAAUAUUAUUCAGUUCUCAUGGGAAAGAAAUCCAGUGCAUGUUUUGUACAUGGAGAACCUCCAUCUUGGCAGAAUUUGAGAACAAUGCUGUUCUUAGCACCACUUUUUUCAUUGCCACCCCUGGGUAAAGUGUGGAUUGCAACAUCUCAAUGGGAUUUUGAAGCUGUGUCUGUUCAAAAGUUGUGGGAUAUGCAGAAUUUCCAUGGUGCCAUAGCCUUCAUGGUUCAUUCAAACCAGCCAUUUGGAUUCCAGGCAUUUGUUCACACUAUAAAGCCUAACUGGAGAAAAGGAGACAAUUUUAUUCAGAAUUUCUGGGAGCAGGCAUUUAGCUGUUCAUUAAAAAUUCCCAGUGUGAAUGUGGAGGGCAAGGAAUUCUGCUCUGGGGAUGAAAAGUUGGAGAGCCUUCCUAGUACUUUCUUUGAAAUGAAUAUGACUGGCCACAGUUACAAUGUCUACAAUGCUGUCUAUGCUAUUGCACAUGCUUUGCAUGCCAUCUAUGAAUCCAGAAGAAGUUGGGUAGAGCGACGGAGACCAGCUGUUCAUCGUGUGCAACCAUGGCAGUUCCAUCAUUUUCUAAGGAGAAUCUUGUUCAACAACAGUGCUGGAGAUACAGUGACUUUUGAUGAAAAUGGAGAAUUAGUAGCUGGUUUUGAUGUUACAAACUUGGUAACAUUCCCCAAUAACUCUUUUGUUCGAGUAAAAAUUGGAAGACUGGAACCUUGGGCUCCUUCAGGGGAAGAGUUGAGCCUUGAUGAUGAUCAAAUUGUGUGGCACAGAAGUUUUAACCAGGUGCAGCCCUUUGCCAUGUGCAAUGACAACUGCCACCCAGGCUACAGCAAAAAGAAGAAGGAGGGGGAGCCAUUUUGUUGUUAUGAUUGUGCUCCAUGUCCAGAUGGGAUGAUUUCAGACCGGAAGGAUAUAGAUGAUUGCUUCAGAUGCUCAGAAGAUCAAUUUCCAAACAGGAACCAAGACAUCUGCAUUUCCAAGGUCCUAAAUUUCCUCUCUUUCUCAGAACCUUUGGGGGUGACUUUAGCUUUUUUGUCAUUCUCUUUUUUUCUGGUCACAGCUUUGGUACUAGCGACUUUCAUCAAGAACCAGAACACUCCCAUUGUCAAAGCCAACAAUCGGGACCUCACAUACACCCUGCUCAUCUCCCUAUUGCUCUGCUUCCUCUGCUCUUUGCUAUUCAUUGGGCAGCCUCAGAUAGUGACUUGCUAUUUACGACAAACUGCUUUUGGUGUCGUCUUCUCAGUGGCUGUUUCUUGUGUGUUGGCAAAAACCUUUACUGUGGUUCUAGCUUUCAUGGCUACCAAACCCGGAUCCAGGAUGAGGAAAUGGGUGGGGAAAACUCUGGCUAACUCUUUUGUGCUAGGGUGCUCCCUUGUUCAAGCCAACAUUUGUGCUUUAUGGCUAUGUGCUACUCCUCCAUUCCCAUAUUUGGAUAUGAAAUCUCUGGCUACAGAAAUCAUAGCAGAAUGCAAUGAAGGAUCAAUCACAAUGUUUUAUUGUGUCCUGGGCUACCUGGGAUUUCUGGCUUUUGUCAGCUUCACUGUGGCUUUCUUAGCCAGAAAAUUGCCAGAUAGUUUCAAUGAAGCCAAGUUCAUCACAUUCAGCAUGUUGGUGUUUUGCAGUGUUUGGUCGUCCUUUGUUCCAUCAUACCUGAGCACGAAGGGAAAGUACAUGGUGGCUGUGGAGAUCUUCUCCAUUUUAGCUUCAAGUGCUGGGUUGCUGGGAUGUAUCUUUUUCCCCAAAUGCUACAUUAUUGUGUUGAGGCCUGGUCUGAACAGCAAAGAUCAGCUUAUUAGGGGAAAAAUAAGAAUAUAA